AUGCAGACGUCGGACGCAGCGCUGCUCGCGGUCGGCGCCAUCGGCCUCGCCGCGACCAUGGCCUGGAUUCUGUACAUGGUCGGGUACAUUGGCCAUGCAGAGGCGAUAGCGGACGACGCCAACGGGCGACAGCCCCGGCGACGACAGCAUGAGCAGCAGCAAGGUCGUAAUGGCCUGCGCCAGCGGCGACGACACGUGCGCAAUGACGACGAAGACGAUGCGUCGGACGAGGACGAGGAAGACGAGCCCCGAGGCGGCGAUCGCCAGCGGCCGCCGCCGACGACCCGACGCGAAAUCAAAAAGGAGCAAAAGCGGCAAGAGCGCGAGCAGCAGCGCAAGUUUGACGAGUACCGACGCGACGAAGCGCGCAAGCUCCAAGACGCAGAAGCCAACGCCUACCGCAAAAAGGUGCUAAACGAAGCGACCCGUGAAGCGGCCGAGGCCAUGGCUGCCGCCGAGGCGGCCCAAGUGCAAGCCGCGCGCGACGCCGCUGAAUUGGCCAAGUGGAAAGGCCAGUUCUCCGUCGACGACGCCGGGUCCGACCGCGUGGAGCUAUCCGAGUCGACGCAUCUCCUCUCGGACUUCCUCGCUUACUUGGCGACGCACAAGGUGGUGCUGCUCGAAGACCUCGCGUUGCGCUUUGGGCUGUCGACGACGGCGACGAUGCAGCGGUUGCAGUCGCUUCUGACUGCCGGUCGGCUCUCGGGCUUCUUGGACGACCGCGGCAAGUUCAUCGCGGUCGACGACGACGACAUGAAGCGCGUCGCCACGUACAUUGGCAAGAAAGGCCGCGUGAGCGUUUCCGACGUGGCGCGCGAGUGCAAUCGGCUGCUUGCAUCGUAGCUUGCAUCGACUACUGCACUCGAGCUGUCUACGAGCUCA